AUGGGGAUCGUGACGAUCCUCCAUUUGGUCCUCGGGGCAGCGGCAUAUCUUGUGUUCUGGAUCGAAUUCUUUGCCCUCGUCCUUGCAGAUGCACUUAUUCUUCAUACGAUCAAAGUCGGCGUCCUUGCCGCAACGGGGGCGGUGGUUCUUGUUAUCUCUGGCCUCGACGUCAUGAAGGUCGGCUUCGGGGUUGGGAAGUGCAGUGACGGAGCUCAGGGCAAGAAGUGCGCCCAGGAGAAAGUGUUUGAGAAGCAUGAGAACCGCGAGAGUGAAGAUGCUCGUAUCUCAGAUACAGAGGCUUCAACAUAG